AUGUCCAUUGAAUUGAUGGACGUUGAGGGUGAAAGACUCCAAGCGCUAGCUAAAAUCGAAGCUCAGAAAAAACAAGUAGCAAAGUCUUACAACAAAAAGGUAAAACAUAAGAUCUCUUUGGAAGGAGAUUUGGUGUGGAAGAUGAAGCUUCCUGAACAUGACUACAAAGAUCAUAUCUUUGAAAAAUGGUCUUCUAAAUGGGAGGGUCUAUUCAGAGUUCACAAAGUCAUGGUAGGGAACGCCUACUUGUUAGAAGAGUUAGAUGGGGAAAUGUUUUCAAGGGCGCUUAAUGGAAAGUUCUUAAAAUGGUACAACCCAAGCAUAUGGGAGUAUAAUAUAAAAAUCUACAAUAGAAGCAUCCAUCGUUAG